UCUUUAUUUUCUUAUUGGAAUCACUCACUAUCGAAGAUGAAAAAUAACUGAAUCUUGAAAAACAUUUCAAUAAAUGAUAAGCGCCGGCAAUUGAUAUAUGCGGACGGUUCUUUAACAAUAGAAUAAAAAUAUUGAACGGAUGAGACAAAUUUGCAUAAUUACAUGUGUCAAAAGUAAUAGGAGAAUACUGUAAAAAAUAUCAAUUGAAUGAAAUAUAGAGAGAAACUAUGAAGAUUCAAUUGUCAAAAUUUCAGGUGAUAUAUAUCUGUGCAUACAAUAAUGGCAAGUGAAGAAGAUGUACUUUGUGUUGAUUCAUCAUAUGAUACCAUCGAUAUUAUUGAUUUAACUAAGGAAUCACCAAAAAUAAGGCCUUUAAGAUCACGCCUAAGACAUCGAUAUUCACCAAUGAUUCGUAAUUCUAGAAGUUUAGCCAAUAGAAAUUCACGUUUUAAUCAGAGAAGCUUAUCCCCUUUAACUUUAGGAAACACACAGGAUACUGAAAUAGAAAAUUCUACAAGAAAGAAAAGAACUUGCCGUAAUCUUCCAAGUACACACAACACUACUGUGAAUCUUGAUGAUACUAAUGAAGAAAAAAUUAAUGAAGAAAAAAAUGAUAUAUGUUAUGUCAAUACUCAUCAUAAGGAAGAUAAUGAAGGAACAUCUUUAAGUUGUCCAAUAUGUUUGGAAUUUUUAUGUUCUGAUUUAAAACCGACUACCACACGUUGUGGACAUAUAUUUUGUGCAAAAUGUUUGAAAACACAUAUGCAUGUAGAAAAUUCCAAUAAGAAAAAAUGUCCAACUUGUCAAUCAAAGAUAACAUUAAAAUCUUGUACUCGCUUAUAUAUUUAAGGACAUAUAUAUGAAUACAUUAAAUUUUCUAUAAUUUUUCUAUAACUUUU